UGAUCCGAGGAUCAGCUGGGCGAAGCAAUAACAGCCAGGACAAAAACAACACAAAUACAUUAAUGCACCAGAAACAGGGUUCAACAAGCAACAGGAGAAAGCCUGCACUUUUAAACCGUCGUGUAGUUUAAAAGUAGUUUCUUCUAAGAAGAAAGUGUGUUUUCAUUGUUAUUCUAAUUAUUUCCAUGUUAAUGUGAUCCUGGUGCAUUAACACUACCUCAUACUGAACCUGGGGCUUUAAGGCUUUUGUCGUGUUUUUUACUGUUUCGUCCACACGUUUACACGUUUUUUUGGUGCUCCAGCAAAGGCAGGCCUUUGCAGUAAUAAUAAGACUAUAAACUUGCACUUCAAGAGUUAAUCAACUCUUUCAAGGUUCCUUCCACCAACAAGGGCUUGACAAGCAAAAGACACCAAUAAGACACCGUGCUGGUUCUUCAAACCUGCCACAGAAGACCAUCAGCAUUAUCGACUGUAGAUCGGCGACUUUUUCGAGACAAAUUCCAAGGCAGCUCUCCCUCAGGAUAUCUCAACAACCUGCCCUUUGACCUUCAAGGCAACCAUGUUCCAGCGACUGAGCAACCUGCUGUUCGGAGCGGUGGAGGACGUCUCUGCCGAGAUCAGCGGACCCAAGCCCUGCGUGACCGAGGUAGACGACGAGGGAUGGCUUCUGGUCAGUGUACCUGGUGACAGAAACUGUACUAUAUUGAGUGAGGAUGGGGCGGAGGUCCCGUCGAUAGCACAGUCUCUUCCACAUAGUGAAUGUCAGAGGGUGGAGUCUGGAUGUGAUAUAGCCGCUCCCCCCUCUUGUACAGGUGACUCCGCCCCUUUCUCAUGCAAACGGCGCAGGACUAGAGCAGGCCGCUCCCUUCGCCCCCGACUUUCUCCCGACUCUCCCUCCCCGCUUGGGUCAGGCGGAGCAAAUGCGCUGUCUGACCCCACCUCCUGUGGGUUGGAUGAGAGCUGGUUCAUCACUCCUCCACCCUGUUUCACUGCAGAGGGAGCGCCAGCUGAGGCCAGCCCCAUGGAGGACUUGCUCAUCGAGCAUCCUAGCAUGUCCGUCUACGUCUCCUCGUCCAACCUGGAGCAGAGUACAGCCAACAUGGCUGACAGCGUGAGGAUGACUGAAUCCACCCCUGCCCCCGUUCCCACUCGGCUGGUGCGAGGAUCGGCAUGUCAGGCGGUUCCUCUUGCCAAAGUGACUCAGGUGAGCCGUGUUCAGAGGGCCAAAGCCCGCGUGGAGCGCCGUCACCUGGGCCGCGGUCGCAUGCAGCGCCAAAACCGCGUCCGCCAGCAGAUCCCUCGCACCGUGGCUCACACACGCAGCUCUUUCCUGCACCAACCGUGCCAGCGCAACCUCUGCCACUGAUCCACCCGGAUACCAGUGUUUCAUCACCACGUUCACCAAACCUCCAUCAUCCCACAUCAUACCAAGACUUCAGCAUCCUCCACCAAAGCCCUCAUUUUCCGCUAGCGUUUUCACGUUACUCCAAUCAGUUAUGGUCAAAUCAUUUGUUUUUCCCGAUUAGCAUUCGAUUAUCAUCGCGCUGUUUAAAAUAGAAUCAGCAUUCGCUGGUGUCUCAAAGGUGCCGUUUACAAUCAGCUAUCUCACACGCAGAAGAACGCGAAAACGGAUCAUGUCAAAAACUAGCCAAGAGUUUAAGAGUCAAAACCAGAACAGAAACAGUGCAUACACAGAACACAAGGGUACAAGGGUAUGAGGCUAACUUCUCAUCCUUUUUUUGCUUUCAUUUGUGUUGGAAAAGUCCAGAUUUCUCCAUUUUUUUUUAUUUUUUUUUAUUUAUUUAUUUAUUUUAAGAUUUCUAUAAGAGAGAAAAUAACCAUAGUGGUUAAAAUACAUGUUGCAAAAAUAACCAUCACAUCAGAGAGAGAAAAUUCAAAUUUCUCUAUUUCUAACGCUAACUUCUAGUUUCUGAUAUAUACAGAGAAAAGGGCUUUAACAACACAGAACGGCAAAGUAGGUAGAAGAAGGUGCAAGUAAGGAUAAAACCGAUUAAAGAGUGAUGGAUGUUGAUGGAGAGUGUAAAGAGAGGGUAAAUAAGUAGGUAUCGUAGCCCACGGCAUUACCGUAGCACCUUUAAGGGAAAAUCCAACCUUCUAUGGGUUUGAGUAGAAUUUCUUUUAUUUUUUUUUCUUUUUUUUUGUUAUUUUAAUUAAUUGUAGGUUGGAUUUUGCCUUAAAUUUUUUUGAUGCUUUUGGUGCCUCCUUAAACACUUUGGACCGAUUUAAGGGUAAGAAAAAAGAAGCGAUCAGGACCGAAUAAUCAUGACUGACUGGGUUAGCAAGUACAGUUAGUUCUAUUUAUCAAAUCUCACCCAGUUGCAAGCAUUUCCUUCACCGAUCUGCAUACUUCCUGUUCACGUAUUUAAAAUAAACCUUAAAUCGAUGUCCAGGCCAGAAAGAGGAGUGUAAAUCUGUCCUCAUCAGAGCCUGUGUGAGGCUGCUGUGGGUUACAGGGUAUGUUGGAUCAUAGAAGGAUAAGGAUAAAGGAAUUGCAACGCCUCCUAUAGGUGAACAGAUGGAUGAUAAACGACGAAGUACCUUAAUGGUUAAAUCCUCGACUCAAAUUUGGUGUCAUGAACGGGAUGCAAACGAGCUCCAGAUUCUUGUUUUUUUACCCCAAAUGACAUGAGCAAACAACUGACUGUUCCACCUAUAGGUGUGCAACGCGGUCCUCGUUACGGUAUAGAAGUGACUCUUUAUUGUGUUUUGUUGCAUUACGUUUAGAUCAUGUUCUUUUAAAGAUGCCUCAGACCCUUGAACUUCCUCCCUGUCUCUCUCUCUCUCUCCAUUAAAUCAAUACUCAGUGUCAGACCUGCAUCUAAAACCCAAAGCUUAGCUAAAAGAAUCACUGUGACCUUAUAUUUACACACAAAAGGUCUCAAAUUCUAAAUGUUACUCACAGAAAUUCCUCCCAAUGAACAAAGAAGGCCAGCGCUAGGCUUUCACCUUCACCUAGCUUGUGGGCUGGAAUUGGCACAAUGGUCAGAGUUUAAAUUAAGCAAUAUAACCUCCACAUAUAAUCUUAAUCAGAGGCAGAAUGAUACCAAGCCAUUCCAGUUAUCCAAAAUGGCCACCCCUAUGAAGUCAGGGUCCCACAUGAUAUACCUUCAGUACUCGUUAGCUUCUUACAUUAGCCGUGUAAAAGCAAACAUCUGAAACCACUGAUUUUGCAAACUAUUUGUUUAAUUUAUUCCAUUACGAGCAUCGUGAUUGGUGUACCGGUCCGUCUCGGGUCGAUGUCGUGUUUUUACAUAUUUAUAUCACUGGGAUGCUUUGUAACUCCUGCGUGGGAGAGAAAUCCGAUCCGUGUUUGUCCAUGCGUCCACAUGCCGAAACCAUCCUCUUCAUUCAGUCAGUCUUACUGUCCUCUGUGGGAUCCUCUGCGUGGCGCUCUGACUUAUGUGCUUAUCAUCGAUGCUGAUUAGAUUAACUAUGGUGCUCAACAUGUUUGACUGUUUGUAAAAUUCGACUCGGAUGUACGUUUGCACUGUCUUACAUUUUAUGGUGAAUUGAGGUUUGUUUGUUUUUUUUUAGCUGUGUGCGAAUUUCUGUUUAUUUCAAGCAUCAGUACGAACGAGAGGACGACGUUAACAUGCAUGAGUCGGAAAACAAACUAUUUUAAAUUAUUCACAUUCACAUAUGAUAUGUAUGUAUAAUGCACAGCUCUUUACAGUACAGUGUUUGAGUGAUGGGUGUUUUAUUUAAGUUUGAGUUAAACACACAGAAGUGAAACUAAUCCUUAAUUAUUUUUAUCCCCACAAUGUUCAAGGCCCUGUUCUAAUCAUUUUCCUUUGUUAUACAUGCAUGUAAUGGGCUAUAGAGUCAUAACCUGACCACUGAGAUCGUCUGCAGCGUCAGUGGGACGUAACUUAAGAAACAACUUAAAAAAAUAAAUAAGAAAAUGAAUUAACUAAAACUAAUAUAUUCGUAUAUUCCGAUAAUUUUCCCCCAUAUAUUUUAUUUUAUCUUUAUUUCUAAAGGGAUUGUGUACACACCAUAUUAUUCCUGAUGGAUGAAUGGCAGAGAUGGACCUUUUAUGAUGUCAUCAAACUUAGGGCACUUGUUGCCGAGGUAGCAAACUGAUCGAGGCAGUGUUGUGCGAGUCUUGGCUCAAAGUCAUUUUGUCCAUCGGGCAAUCGUUAGUUCGACUUUCAUGUCAUUUGUUGGGUGUUGGGUGGCAGGAUUGUAUAAAUUUUGGAUGGCGAUAUUGGUCCAGCACUUCUCAACUGGGGAUGACAGAUGUUCAGUCACCUUCAGCAAGUAAAGACGUGGCGCAAACGAAUUUCCCCAUUGGACCAAUAUCGGUCAAUUUUAGCCACCUUUAGCUCCACAGAGCCAGUGUUGCUCCAGAGUAGUUAUAAAAGUGUGCCAUGGCCAACAUUGGGGCAACUGCUGUCCAGUGUUGGCAGGGUAACACUGUAGGGUAGCACUGCUAGGCCCGGCAUAGCCACUCUAUCGUAGAUGUCAGUUUGCCACCUGGGUGUGUUUUCUUUCACGUGUCCUUUACCAAGGUGGUGCUUCUCGCCUACUGUGUCAGUCCAUACAGAGGUGAUGCUACAUCAACGUAGCAAUUAAACCUAAUGGGAGUGAUGAUGAGGUCAUCCACCCUCUGCAAACAUCCAUCACUGUUUAGUUCCCUUCUAUUUUUAACACUCAACCACAUUCUCUCUUUAUUUCCUGUCAUAUCUCAUUUUUGUAGUUUUUUUUUUCCUGUGUGUAUAUGACUAAUGAAAUGUGUGUGAAUAUAGGGAGCAGUGUGUUACACCUCAGGGUAGCUUGGGGUUUAUUCGACUGUGUAGCCGACUGUGUGAUGUGAGAAUCUAGACCGGGUGGGUAAUAAAAUAAAAAAAAAAACAGAUUAAUGAAUUUAAAAAAUAUAUAUAUAUAUCUAUCUAUAUAUUUGCUUGUAUUUUCCCUUAUAAUUAGAUGCAAAUUUUGUUUUAUUCACUGUUCGUGUUCACGAUUGAUUAUAUUGUGAAAAAUGAAGGGGGUGGACCAUCAGACAGCGAGACUGCACUCUACUGUUUGGUUCCUGUGCCCUGAUACUAUGGCAGCUUUUUCACAAGGUGGGGUUUUACCUUCACUACAGGGGGGUAUCCUCUCUGACACAUACACCCCCUUUCAAAAAAAAAAGUACAAAUAGAUUAUAUUAAAAAUGGAAUAAUGUAUCUGAUAUCUAUGGUGAUCGUGCCUUUCACUAUUCUGCAUGGUGUUUUGUUUUAUUAUUAUUUUAAAUUUUUAUUUGUGAUUAGCUGACUUUCUAUCCUGUCUGUGUGGGCACUGGUCCGUACGCAGUAGUAGAGACCUAUGCAAAAUACAAGGAUGGGGUUCCAGCAUCCAUUCAGAAAUGCAGGUACCGGGUAAAAAAAAUACAAAAUAAAAAAACUCUCAGGAUAAAACGUGAA